AUGGUCCGUCCCAUCGAACCACUCCUACCAAACAACUCCGGCUACAACUACCCGAAUAUGAUGAAGCUAUGUGCCGAAUCGGGCCGUGACCACUUCUCGAUCUGCCAGCUCCACGUUGUGGGAGAGGUCCUGGCGAUGACAGACGAGUCGAGCUGGGAUGAGGAGGAGAAAUGCUUCUGGCUGCGUUUGCGCGACGAGGGCAACUUCGGAGAGCAGUGGCUGCGGCAGGAUGGAUAUUCCCUGGGCCUUGGCAUCUUCCUAGAGGCCCUUCCCGCAGGUGCUCCCGGACCGGACGUGCGUGAGGGGCACCGGAAGGCCCUGUCCGAGGUGCGUGGUGUGCGAAGUGCAUUCAAUCAACUGCGGGAUGGUGAGCAAGGCCAAGCAUGGCAGGAGGUUCCUCGGCUCUCCAUCACGGAUGCGAUGCUGGGGCAAGGCGUGCAGGAGGUCGACUCCGACGAGGCACGUCAAAUACUCGACGGCCCUGCCAUCUCCCAUCUGCUACGCGAAGGUUUCCUGGUCAUUCACGAUGCCCUGGAUGAAGUCUUUGCUUCGGAGUUUGCAGAACAGAUGGCAAAGUUGGACAACGGCUGGAAUCUACACGCGGCGCCUCAGGCAACACCAGGACAGCGAGGCGACCGCUUGCUUUGGAUCGAUGAGGAAAUUGCCGUUGCUCGUUAUGGGUCGACGGCCGUGUCCAGGGCCAUUAGGCUGCUGAAGGGACUGGGAGCGGCGCUGAACCCAGCGCUAACGGCCCAUCACUGGGCCAACAAUGAUGCUGGAAAUCCGGCGCACGCGUUAAAACCUCGGCUGCCAGCUACGGACACGGCAGUACUCACUGUGUCACCCAAAGCACAACUCGCCUGCUACCCCUGUGAUGGCGCCCACUAUAUCUGCCACCAGGACAACAAAUUCAGGCCCACCCACGGUACGCGAUUGAAUUCCCGAGAGCUCACUACGAUCUUGUACGGGAACGCGACAGACUGGGACGUCUGCCGGGAUGGAGGGCAACUGAAACUGUACCUGCAGACAGAAGACUUGGAGUCUGCCCCGCCUUCUGAUCAUCCCUCUGUACACGUGGCUCCGACAGUUGGCACCCUGGUUAUCUUUUUCUCCAGACUUUGGCAUGAAGUGCUGCCGGCAUAUCGUCCUCGGCGAGCGCUGACCAUGUGGAUAUUGCGCCCGGAGGAAGAGGAGAGCUGGAUGCCGAACGUGUUCUAG